CUUGUUUGGCAGGUGAAGAUGCAUACUGUGUCCUCUGUCCAUCUCUUCUACCUGGCCCUGUGCUUGCUCACCUUGACCAGUUCAGCCACGGCGGGGCCAGAGACACUCUGCGGUGCCGAGCUGGUUGAUGCCCUCCAGUUUGUAUGCGGAGAAAGAGGUUUCUACUUCAGCAAGCCCACUGGGUAUGGAUCUAGCAGUCGGCGUUUACACCACACAGGAAUCGUGGAUGAAUGCUGCUUCCGGAGCUGUGAUCUGAGGCGGCUAGAGAUGUACUGUGCGCCAAUCAAGCCAGCCAAGUCAGCUCGCUCGGUGCGUGCCCAACGCCACACCGAUAUGCCCAAAGCCCAAAAGUAUCAGCCUCCAACCACCAACAAGAAAACGAAGGCUGAGAGGAGGAGGAAAGGUGGGCCAGAGAAACACCCAGGAGGGGAGCAGAAUAAGGGAAAAGAAGAGAGACAGCAGAGCAGAGGAAAGAAGAAAAAGCAGAGGAGGGAGACUGGAGAUAGAAAUACUGAACGCAGAGGAAAAAACAGGAAAAUGGAGAGAAGGAAUAAACAGACAGAGGAAAUCCAUUUGAAGAAUGCAAGCAGAGGGAGCUCAGGAAGCAGGAACUACAGAAUGUAAGAACCACCAUCCAGGGAUGAAGAAUGAACAUGCCACCUCUGCGGGAUCCUUCUCUGUAAAUAAGUUAUUUGUUCAACAUUGGAAGACUUUAAAAACAAAAGCAAAAAAACACACCGGUUGUUUUAAUAAGCUUGAUGAAAUAGCAAAACAAUGGGCAUUCUCCCAUGGGGUGGGCUGGGGGUGGGGGGGAUGGAUUGAGCAAACAUUCCAAUGUUAAACCUCUCUCGAAAAGACCAGUGUCAACCCCUUGCUAAACACCUUCCCAGAGCUGCUGUGUUGCUCUCUCAUCUUGUAACUUCUCUACACUAUCCUGUACAAAAACAAAGCAAAAUAUAUUCCCUUCCUUCUCAAAAGCC